AUGUUAUCACAUAUCUCAACAGGAUUUGUAAUAGACACAUUUCUAUUACAGAUAUCAGGUUUCAGGCGCGAGACCUCUGACAUUAGAGUGGUGACAGGCCACCAGCACAGCCGCGGGUGCUGGCUGCAAGACCAUGCCAGAGCAGAGAGGCCGCUGCUGGCGAGAGUCCCAUGCUGGAGGCAAAGGAGGCUGGGGGUUGAGUGUGUGGUUGUUGGGUGCCAGCUGGGAGAACAACAGGUGGUGAGCAAGAGGGAACUGCUUGUGCAGGCAGGAGAACUGGCAUUGGGAGAGGAAAUCAGCAAGGGUAUUGUCAAUGGAAGUCAUGUGCACCAGGGGCAAGGUGAGGUUGUGUACAAAACAGAACCUGUAGAUCUCAAGGAGGAGGCAUUGAGUGAGGGGGUCUUGAGAUUGUCCAGAGCGAAGCCUGUGCUUGAUGUUCUUGUUGUCAACAUGGACCACCACUGUCAUGGGUUGAGUCCAGUGAUUGGAGAACUGUUGGAGAGCUUCAAUGACUGCCAGAGCCUCCAGAAACCUUAUAUUUUUGCCACAGUGGCGAUGAGGCACAUCACAAGAGAAGACAGCCACUGGUGCUGCAGCUGCACCAAGGCAACAGAGGAAAGCUUUGCCACAAGGGAAGAUCUGGGAGACAAAGUGGAGAAGGCCAGAGAUGUGUUGCAUGUUGAGGAUGCCAGCAGUGCUGCACUCAAGGAGCUUUUGGCACUGGAAGAGGAUGUGCAUGCAUUGGUCUUUGGUGAUGCCAACUGUUUGGGCAACAGAGUCAACCUCGAUGCCUAG